AUGGAGAAGGAGGGUUCGAAUAAAAUAUGUUCGCUGACUUCUUCACCGAACGGCGCCAAAUUGGCGGUUGUCGGAAGAGAUCGCAUUAUCACCCUGAUCGACGAGAAAGGUGAGGUGAAAGAUCGGUUCAGUUCGAAACCGGUGGAUCAGAAGUACGGAAAGAAAUCCUACAUAAUCAAAUCGAUCUGCUUUUCACCGGACUCAUCAAAACUUGCCGUCGCGCAAACGGAUAACGUUGUCUACGUGUUGAAAAUUGGAGAAACCUGGAACGAAAAGAAAGUAAUCGUCAACAAACUACCGCAAACUGCUGCCGCAACAGUCGUCGAAUGGCCAUUCGAUGACAAGUUGCUAGUUGGACUUGCUGACGGAAAACUACGUGUUGGUCUACUUAGCAGUAAUAAAUGCAGCUCCCUUUACAAGACUGACGAACAGGUGAUGAAAUUAUGCUCAGUGCCAAGUGCGCCAUUCUGUUUGGCCUACACGGCUCACGGAAUCAUCGCCGUCAGUGACCGACGUGUAUUUUCAUACACAGAAAGCGGUGUCGUUCAACAACAGUUCGAUUUCACUUCACAGCAUGAAAAAGAAUUUUCGGCGAUCACAACGGAUAUCACAGGAAGCAAUGUGGUCCUAGGAAGCUUUGAUCGCCUUCGUCUAUUCUCGUGGUCGUUUCGUCGUGGAGCAUGGGAAGAAGGAAAUACGCUGGACAUUCAAAAUUUUUAUAUUUGUAGUGCUCUCAGCUGGAAAUCGGACGGCUCAACAUUGUACUGUGGCACGCUGUGCGGCGGUGUGAUCGCCGUUGAUUGUUGCCUCCGAAGAGGAAUGCUGAAGAGUCGAUUCGAGACGACAUACGUCGCUCCGUCACACGUUAUCAUUCGUGACGUCGUCACAGACACCAGAACAAACUUGGUGUCGCAAAAAGGCUACGCUAUCGAGAAUCUGAAGAUCAUGGGAAAGGAUCGCUAUGUAGUGGCGUUCACAAACUUCUCACUCAUACUGGCCGACAUUCAAACAGAGCUUUCUUCAGAAAUUGAAUGGCAGCCCAGUGGAAACGAGAAGCCAGUCUGCAUAAUUGUCAACGCUGGUGAGCUGACGAUAGUGGAGUACGGUAUCGACGGUGCUCUUGGCUGGGUGCGAACUGAGCUCACCAGCCCACACCUGCUAAGGUGA